AUGUAUAUAUUUAAAAAUCCAAAAAUAGGAUCCGAAGUUUUCCCACAUAAAGAUAAUACAUAUCUUAUUACAACCCCAAAAUUAACCACUAUCGGUUUUUGGUUUGCCUUAGAUGAUGCUAAUUUAUAAAAUGGAUGCCUUUGGGGAGUACCUGCAUCUUAAGAAAAUAAAACUGAGUACUUUAUGUAUAAAAAUAAGGAAGGAAACAAUGUUUAUUAUGAAGGCGAAAAACCAAAUUAUGAUAUUAAAGGUGGAGUCCCUCUAGAAGUUAAAAAAGGAACUAUUAUUAUGUUUGAUGGAAAUUUUGUACAUUAUUCAGCACAUAAUCAUUCUUAAUAAGCUAGAAAUGCAUUUACUUUACAUUUUGUUGAAACUGAAAAUGUGAAAUGGCAUGAAAGAAAUUGGCUUUAGAGAUAUCCUUAGUUACCUUUUGAAGAUUUUUAUAAAAAAGUUGAUUAAUUAAAAUAAUUAAAAGAUAUAAAUUGA